AUGACGCCGAAUGUACCGAACUCGAAAUUUGGUAUAUUGGACAAAAACAGAAUAUACCUGUUACAAACGACGUCAUAUCAGUUGACGGGCAGUGCUUUGCUUGUGACAGACGUGUUUGAUAAGCAACAUGACAUUUACGAGAUUUUAAAAUCGACAGCUCACGUUUAUUUUGUUAAGCUACUUUUAUUUUUAAGGGACUCGGUGCACGUGACAAACCAAUGGCGUACGCUAUGUCGACCACCUAAAAUAAAUAUAGAGCCUCUUCCCUUCAAUCUCGGUAUCGUGCUUCUCUCUCCACCACCAGUACCACCCUCAAUUCGGCGUCGUUCCUUUCUUCUUCUUAUCUGUUCUUCAUCCUCUCUGUUUUCUGAAAUGGCGUCUUGUGCAAGUGAAGGUCUAUAUCCUCUGCAUAGGUCUAAAACCAUUCAUCUGGUGAGGCAUGCUCAGGGGAUCCACAAUGUGGCAGGAGAGAAGGACCACAGUGCAUAUCUAUCUGAACAACUGUUUGAUGCACAGCUUACCCCACUUGGUUGGCAACAGGUGGAUAAUCUUCGGAAGCAUGUUCGUGCAUCUGGUCUUUCAAAACGUAUUGAAUUGGUUGUGGUUUCGCCUUUGCUGAGGACAAUGCAAACAGCAGUUGGUGCUUUUGGGGGUGAAGGUUCUGCUGAUGGGAAUCCACUAAUGGCACAAAAUACAGGCAAAAGCAACCGGCCUGCAAUUUCAAGUCUAAAUUCUCCUCCAUUCAUUGCUGUUGAGCUUUGUCGAGAGCAUUUGGGUGUUCAUCCAUGUGACAGGAGGAGAAGUAUAAGUGAAUACAAGCCCAUGUUCCCAGCAAUUGAUUUUUCUUUGAUAGAAAACGAGGGGGAUGUUUUGUGGACGCCUGAUACAAGAGAAAAGAAUGAGGACGUUGCAGCCAGGGGGGUGAAGUUUAUGAAAUGGUUAUUGACUCGGGAAGAGAAGGAGAUUGCAGUUGUGACCCAUAGUGGUUUCUUGUUUCAUACACUUGCUGCAUAUGGAAAUGAUUGCCAUCCCACAUUGAAGAAGGAAAUGUCUAAACACUUCAACAAUUGUGAGCUUCGUUCUAUGGUCAUCAUUGAUAGAAGCAUGAUAGGAUCAAAUGCUUCAAAAACAGACUUUCCUGGCAAAAUUCCUAGCGAUACUAGGCAGGAAGGAUUACAGAUAAAUCAGAAGAGAUAUACGAUGAUGUCCAGUGAAGUUGUUACUAUUAUCCUCUAUGUCUAUACACUCAGUAUUAUGUUAGACUUGAGCAAUGUUUUGUAUUUGAUAAAACGCAUGAUUAUGGUUCUGUUUUAG